UCAUCCAUCAAUCAGCUAUCUCUAAUCUGUUUGGAGUCCCUUUAAGUUGCAUUAACAUGAAGUUCCUCGCUCUGUGUCUCCUCGUCCUGAUCGCCGUGAUCUCCUGCUCUUGGGCCCUUCCCGUGGAUCUGGAUAAUGGUGAACCACUGACUCUUCUCGAAUUGGAAGUGGAACAGGAUCCCCAAGUGGAUGAACUGGAAGGCGAAAGAAUUGUCCGCGGACUUGGAGGUCUAGGCGGACUCGGCGGCAAGUUUGGCGGCUUUGGAGGACUUGGUGGCCUGAAGGGCGGCUUCGGUGGCCUGGGACACGGCUUUGGCGGUGGAUUUGGAGGACAUGGCUUCGGUGGCGGCUUCGGAGGACUCGGCAGCUUCAAGAGCUUGUUCAACAAGAAGUUCCGCUAAUUCAGCAGCUUAAACCCAAAUUUUAAUUUAAGAAUUUACAAAAUAAAACUUAGUUAAGUAAA